AUGUCUUGCCCUUCACUCCGCUGCCUCUUGUCUCCUUCCGCCGACGCGUUUCGGCGCCAUUCGCUAUAUAUCUCUCCCCGCUCCGAUCGCAGAGCAGCAACAAACCCACUUUCCUUCAUGCCCGCCACCUGUUCGACGAAACUCCAAGGUGAAAUUUGUCCUCUCCGGAGUUGGUGCUUCAGAUUCGAGUUUCUCCUUUGGAUGUGCAAUUUUGAUAUCGCCUGAAGAUCUGUGAUUUCGGUGCUCAAGUGUAGUCGAUUUCUGCGAAGAAGAAGAAGAAGAAGAAGAGAUGAGCAGUGUGAAUGAUCAUAACACACUGCAUUACUACUUCGAGCAGGAGAUGCCGUCGGAGUCUGAGCCCGAGGCCGGCCGCUCGGUGGGCUUCAGCGGGCCGCUGGGAGGAAAGAAGCGGAGCGUAAGGUUGAAGGACGCCACGGCGGCGGCGGCGGCGGCUGACGAUGGCAAUAACUACGUGGAGAUCACGCUGGAUGUCAGGGACGAUGCCGUCGCGAUCCAGAGCGUCCACUCAGCAGGCGCCGACCCAGAGGCGGCGCUGCUCGCUCGCGGCCUGGAGCGGCGCUCCUCCAACGUCGUGGCCAAGUUGAAGCAGGUGGGGCAGGAGUUCCGGAGGCUGGCGUCGUCGCCAUCUUCGUCGUCGUCGUUCGUGUCGGGGCCGCGGCGGAACAUGGCGCAGCUCGACAGGACCAAGUCCAGCACCGCGCAGGCCAUCAAGGGGCUUCAGUUCGUGACCAAGAAUGUCGCUAGCGAGGGGUGGCCGGAGGUCGACCGCCGCUUCAACGAGCUCGCUGUCGAUGGAAUGCUUCUUCGGUCGAGAUUCGGCAAAUGCAUAGGAAUGGUGGGAUCGGAGGAGUUCGCCGGCGAGGUGUUCGACGCACUUGCCCGACGGCGCGGCAUCACCGCUACCGUGCUGACCAAAGAGGAACUCCGCGAAUUCUGGGAGCAGCUCUCCGACCAAAGCUUCGAUGCGCGUUUGCAAACCUUCUUUGACAUGGUGGACAAGAACGCCGACGGCAGGAUCACAGAGGAAGAAGUUAGAGAGAUCAUCGCCCUCAGCGCAUCUGCCAACAAGCUGUCGAGUAUCCAAGAACGCGUGGAGGAGUACACGGCAUUGAUCAUGGAAGAGCUCGACCCCAAUAACUUGGGCUAUAUCGAGCUCUACAACUUGGAGCUGCUGCUUCUGCAACCGCCGGGGCAACUGCCGUCGACGAGGCUCUGCGCGAGCAGCAACAACAUGAGCCAGAUGCUGAGCCAGAUGCUGGUGCCGACCAAGGACCGGAACCCAGUGCGGCGAUGCUGGCGGCGGAUCUCCUACUUCAUGGAGGACAACUGGAAGCGCGUGUGGGUGAUUGCCCUGUGGCUCGCCAUCUGCGCCGGCCUCUUCGCCUGGAAGUUCAACCAGUACCGCCACCGCGCCGUCUUCCAGGUCAUGGGCUACUGCGUCACCACCGCCAAGGGCGGCGCGGAGACGCUCAAGUUCAACAUGGCGCUCAUCCUCCUCCCCGUUUGUCGCAACACCAUCACCUGGCUCCGCAGCAAAACCAAGCUCGGCGUCGUCGUCCCCUUCAACGACAACAUCAACUUCCACAAGGUGAUUGCGGCGGGGAUCGUAGUCGGCGCGGCGCUCCACGUCGGAGCUCACCUUACCUGCGACUUCCCGCGGCUGCUGCACUGCAGCGACGCCGAGUACGAGCCUCUGAAGCCCUUCUUCGGCGACCGGCGGCCGCCGAACUACUGGUGGUUCGUGAAGGGGACGGAGGGGUGGACGGGGGUGGCGAUGCUAGUCCUCAUGGCGAUCGCCUACGUCCUGGCGCAGCCCUGGUUCCGCCGGAACCGGCUCAGCCCGACCAACCCCCUCCGCCGUCUCACCGGAUUCAACGCCUUCUGGUACUCGCACCACCUCUUCGUCGUCGUCUACGCGCUCUACAUCGUCCACGGCUACUGCCUCUACCUCAUCAAGAAAUGGUACAAGAAGACGACAUGGAUGUAUCUGGCUAUCCCUCUCGCACUGUACGCCUGCGAGCGGCUGCUGCGGGUCUUCCGGUCAGGCUACGAAACAGUGAAGAUUCUAAAGGUUGCUGUUUACCCAGGGAAUGUGUUGGCUCUCCACAUGUCUAAGCCUCAAGGUUUCAGAUACAGGAGCGGGCAAUACAUUGUCGUCAACUGUGCUGCUGUCUCGCCAUUCGAAUGGCAUCCUUUCUCCAUCACGUCGGCUCCCGGCGACGACUACAUCAGCAUCCAUGUCCGCACCAGAGGCGACUGGACUUCGCAGCUCAGAGCAGUCUUUUCUCAGGUCUGCCAACCUGCGAAAAGCGACCAGAGUGGCCUCCUCAGAGCUGAUCUCGUGCAGGGAUCAAUCGGGCCAAGAAUGCCGAAGUUAUUGAUCGACGGCCCCUACGGCGCCCCCGCGCAGGACUACGAGCACUACGACGUCCUCCUCCUCAUCGGCCUCGGCAUCGGCGCCACCCCGUUGAUCAGCAUCGUCAAGGACGUGCUGAACAACGUCCGAAAGGACGACGACGGCGGCAACGGCAAGAAGUUUAUGACGCAGAGGGCGUACUUCUACUGGGUGACUCGGGAGGAAGGGUCGUUCGAGUGGUUCCGGGGGAUCAUGAACGAGGUGGCGGAGAAGGACGAGGACGGGGUGAUCGAGCUGCACAACCACUGCACCAGCGUGUACGAGGAAGGCGACGCCCGCUCCGCUCUCAUCCUCAUGCUGCAGGCGCUCCACCACGCCAAGAACGGCGUCGACAUCGUCUCCGGCACCCGAGUGAGAACCCACUUCGCUCGCCCCAACUGGCGCACCGUCUUCAAGCGCAUCACCCUCAACCACCCCGGCAAGCGCGUCGGCGUGUUCUACUGCGGAGACCCGCUGGUGAUCGGAGAACUACGGCGGCUGUCGCAGGAUUUCUCCCAUAGGACCACCACCAAAUUUGUUUUCCACAAGGAGAAUUUCUAAUCAGUUAGUUUUAAAUUUUCUAGGUGGACUCUGUUCGCUCGAUAUUAUUCUUUAUGUAAUAUUCAUCGCGUAAUGUUAGAGUAAAUACUCGUAAUUGAGGAUCAUUGAUGAUGAACUGGAUGCUCCAAAUGCAACACAAAUUGUAUCAUGGAAAUUGAAUAUCGAACACAGCUCGAAUUCUAUG